AUGGCUUCGGUAUACAAGUCCGUGUCGAAAAGCGGCACAAAACCCUCCUCAUCCGAGGGAUCGGAUAAGAAGAAUAAACAAAGAGUUCUAAUCUUGACCUCCCGCGGUGUCACAUACCGUCACCGACACCUUCUCAACGACCUAGUAGCAAUGCUCCCACACAGCCGCAAGGACGCAAAACUGGAUACGAAAUCAAAACUCUACCACCUGAACGAGAUUGCCGACCUCUACAACUGCAAUAACAUCCUCUUCUUCGAAGCGCGAAAACGUCAAGAUCUCUACGUAUGGCUGAGCAAAGCGCCCAAUGGGCCUUGCGUCAAGAUGCAUCUUCAAAACCUGCACACAAUGGAAGAACUCAACUUCACCGGCAACGCCCUCAAAGGCUCCCGCCCGCUUCUCAGCUUCGACGCAACCUUCGACGCAACCCCCGCUAUGCAGCUGAUAAAAGAGAUGCUUCACCACACCUUUGGGGUCCCCAAGGGUGCACGAAAAAGCAAGCCAUUCACGGACCAUGUGAUAAGUUUCACCAUCGCGGAUGGAAAGAUCUGGUUCAGGAACUACCAGAUUUCUGAGGCGGAAGUGGCUAAGAACGUCGAUCCCGUUGCUCCAAAGAGUAAGGCUGUUGAGACGGAGCUCUCGUUGGUGGAGAUUGGCCCGAGAUUCGUUAUGACGCCGAUAGUUAUCCUGGAAGGGUCGUUCGGUGGGCCUGUCAUUUACGAGAACAAGGAAUUUGUGUCGCCCAAUGCUCUCAGGGCGGAUAUCAGGAAUCGGAAGGCGGAGCAGUAUCAUGCUAGGACGCUAGAGAAGACGAAAAGGGAGGUUAAAAUGAAGGCAUUGGGGAUUGAGGAGGGUAGGGAGAAGGGGGAGCUUGAUGACGAUGUAUUGUUCACUUAAGCUAGCGGAAGAAAAUUAAUGUAUUAUAGAUGCCGUAAUAGAGAACAUGUUUCCUCCCUAAAA